AUGAGUAGAUUGUGGAUAUUUCCGUUGCUGUUCAUGGUUCGAUUGAACACUGCCACUAUACCCGACGGAGCAAUUGUUGGACCAAGAUAUUGCAAAAAUUUGGACGAUCAGAAGGAGGAAAUAGUGAUUCCAUACACGAAUAAGGCAGUCAAUGUGCCCUGCUCCCAAGGCUGGGUUGUGUUUCAGCGACGAAAGUUUGGAAAUGUUAGCUUUCAGCGCACUUGGCAGGAAUACAAAGACGGGUUUGGAGAAAUAGAUGGCGAUUUUUGGCUGGGCUUGGAAAAUCUUUAUGAGAUAACCCGGUCCUGGCCAAUGACAUUGCAGAUAAAGCUGGAGUUCUGGUCGGGAACAAAAGGAAUAGCCUAUUACUCAAACUUCGAACUGAUGAAUGAGAAGGAGAAUAAUCUAAAUAGCAACUUUCCGAAGGAUAACGAGAUGAGAGCGGCGCACAUGCACUGGCUGCGAACUGAUGGAGACGAGCCACUUAAAUUUACAGAAAUGUCAAUACGCUAUUAUGGUCCAGAUAAAUCGCCACCUGCCGUAAAACCAACGACACAGCCAGCAGGAUCGUCAGAAAUCGGAAACCUACACGGAAAUAAUUGGACUAAAUAA